UCUCGGGGGCUGAGGGGCUGCAGGCGUUGCGAGCGCCCUUUUUGUCUGGGGGCACAUCGUGGUGGUUGGGUUUUGUGGAUCUGCUGAGCGUGUGAAGCUGCGUGGCGUUGGCAGCUGCACAGCGGGGACAGCGAUGCUCGCGGGGACGGAGCAGGUGGUGUGGCUCCUUCUGAAGUGGACAUUUCUUGCAUGGUUGUGGACGUGUGUGGGUGACUGGCCUCUCUGAGCCCCGUUUCGGUUCCUGAUGUAGGGUGGGUUUGUUCAAGUGGAGCUUGCUCUCGUGCUCCCAUCAUACUUGGUUUCUAUUCAUGGGCUCUCAUCCAGCACUAGUAAGUGCGCAUCAUUUUGUUUUUUCUAUGCAAGUGUCUAGAUACUUUAAAAUGAAGUGUGGGUGAAUGAUCGCAAGGUAGAAAGUAGAGUUGGUGAACCUCUACAGGUAGAGACCACGUCGGUCUGUGGUUAUAAAGGUGUCUGUGAUAGGCAUACACAAUUCUGACUGUGGCUGACGGGCACAACCAUGGUGAUACAAAUCUGUGAUUAUAACUAAGAAACAAAUUCUUUCUCUAGGUUCACAAAUGCUGCUGCACAUCACAGUUCCCCAGAGGCUGCUCUCAAAAACAGCUGGAGAGACGGACGCGGUGUCCUACGUCCUCAGGAUAGAGGGGAGGCCGUACACCAUUCACCUGCAGCAGCAAUUCUUUUUAUCUGAUGAUUUCAGGAUUUACACGUACAAUGAGAAGGGAUCCUUGCACUCUGACUCGCCCCACAUCAAGGGAGGCUGCCACUACCGGGGGUACAUCGAGGGCUUCCCCAGCUCGGCAGUGACCCUCAGCACCUGCUCGGGGCUCAGGGGCUUGCUGCAGUUUGAGAACGUCAGCUACGGGAUCGAGCCCCUGGGUUAUUCUCCUGCGUUCGAGCACUUUGUGUAUCGAGUGAGUGAUGAGAAGAUGGCAGGUUCCCUCUUGGCCAGCAGCCACCCCGUGAGAGGGCCAGGCGGGCUGACAGCAGAGGAGAUGUCCUACAAAGCACAUGGAGAUGACGAAUCAGUGUCCAAAUACCAGAGAGAGAUGGCGCUCCACGUAGUUUUGGAAAGGGCUUUGUACGACUACCUGGGUGCAGACGAAUAUGUUGUGACACAGAAGAUAGUUCAGAUCUCCAGCUUGCUCAGCAGUAUGUUCAGGUCUCUUAAUCUAACAGUUAUGCUGUCCUCCAUGGAGGUCUGGAUGGAUAACGGUGCAUUUAAGACAACGGCGGGUGGAGAAGAAGUGCUGGCGCAGCUGUUGGAGUGGAAGCAGACCAGCCCCACUCUGCAGCCCCACGAAGUGCCGUAUCUGCUCCUGUACAGGGACCGAGCAGCGUUCGUGGGCGCAACGGCUCCGGGAAAGGGGUGUCAGAGAGACGCUGCUGGCGCAGUGGCCGUGUACCAAGAAGCCGUGACGCUGGAGUCCUUCUCCGUCCUGCUGGCGCAGCUGCUGGGACGCAGCCUGGGCCUGAGCUACGACGACUCCCGGGACUGCCGCUGCCCCGGGCACGUCUGCCUCAUGAGCCCGGAGGCGCUACGUUUCAGUGGGGCAAAAGCCUUUAGCAGCUGCAGCAUCGGGGACUUUGAAACCUUCCUGAAGCAGAACAGGGACUGCCCUUUCAUCAGGCACGCUCUGCGUCAGCCCUCGUACCGCGCAGCCGUCUGCGGCAACGGCGUCGUGGAGCCCGGCGAGCAGUGCGACUGCGGGGCGGCGGAGGCCUGUGCGUUAGACAAAUGCUGUACUCCCCAGUGUAACUUCAAACCAGGAAUGAAGUGCUCCUUGGGAUUAUGCUGUGAAAAUUGCCAGGUAAGGUCGGAAGACCUCGCGGUGCCGCCCCCCGCCGAUGCGCAGUGUGACCUGGCCGAGUUCUGCAACGGGUCCUCCGCGUCCUGCCCCCCCGACCUGUACGUGCAGGACGGGCACGGCUGCGAGCACGGCACCGGCUACUGCUACAAGGGACGCUGCCAGUCUCCGGACCUGCAGUGCCAGGCACUCUAUGGGAAAGGUGCAAAAAACGCUCCUUUGGCCUGUUACGAAGAAGUCAACAGUCAGCAGGAUAGGUUUGGACACUGUGGCAACCACCCGAAGGAUGGCUAUCGGCCCUGUUCCUGGCCGAAUCUGGGAUGUGGAAAGUUAGUAUGUACAUACCCGAAUCGUAUUCCCUUCACAAAAGUCAAGGGUGCCAUAAUUUAUGCUCAAGUGCAAGAACAUCUGUGCGUGUCUUUCGAUUUUAUGCGCGGACCCACAGUGCUAGAUCCUCUCCUGGUGAAAGAAGGCACAAAAUGUGGUCCCAGAAAGGUUUGUAUGAACGGCACGUGCCACCCACAUUCAGUCCUGAAGUAUGACUGCAAUGUGCAGAAAAAAUGCCACGGGCAUGGAGUGUGCAACAACAAGAAGAACUGCCACUGCGAUCCGGGCUGGAAACCCCCCCAGUGCAGGACUCGAGGAGCCGCUGUAGGCGGUAGCAUCGACAGCACGCUGCACCCCGAUCGUAUUGCCAAAAGCUCUGCCCUGGCCGUGCCGAAGAACUGGCUGCUGCUGAGCUUCGGCAUUGUCCUCCUCACCCUGGUCUGUGGCACCGUCGUGAUUACGAAGUGGAGCUGGCUGAAAACAUUCUGUGCAAGGAGAGGAUCACAAACGGAUGGCCCCGCCGCCGAGGAGGGCAGCGACGGCCGGGACACGGACACGGACCCGGACCCGGACCCGGACCCGGGGCCGCGCCGCGGGCGCUAA